CAGAAUGCUCUGGUGGCCAUAAUGAGCUUUUCGGGGUACGACUUGGAGGAUGCGUUGGUCUUCAAUAAAGCAUCCAUCGACCGGGGAUUGGGGAGGUCCACGGUUUACAGGAAGGAAGUGGCAUAUUUUGAUUUCUCCACAGUGGAAGAGGGUCAGCCACCUCCAGUCAUCUCCGAGACCGACAAUCGGGUGAAGGAUCGGUUCAAGGCCAUAGGAAAUGACGGAAUUGCGGAGAUUGGUGUUAAAUUAGUGUAAGUGUAGGGGCGUUGGUGAAAACGGGUGACAGUCUGUUUGUGAAGAGGAUGAGAAUGCAGGACGAGUCAGUGAGGAAUGUGAUCACCCUCAGGUUUGUCCAAAUAAUGAAGGGCAGUUACCGGGGAGUGGACGAUUGUCAUGUAGACCGAGUCAUGUUGACGUGUAAUGAGCGAGAUAAGACGAUAUUGAAAGUAAAGUACAGAAUAAACCGAAUCCCGGAAAUAGGGGACAAGUUCAGUAGUCGGCAUGGACAGAAGGGGUGUCCUGUGCUGUCAUUUGUAGUGUUAUUGGCAACAUUGUCUCCCCAGAAGAUCUGCCCUUCACGGAAUCGGUAGUUGGUGGUGUGAGAUGGUAGGGAGUGAUUCCCGACAUUGUAAGGAGGGGUGGUUAUGGUAGAUUAUGAACCCUCACGGAUUCCCCUCGAGGAUGACGGUGGGGAAGAUGUUGGAAAUCAUCACCGGGAAGGCCGCGGCGGUGGGAGGUCAAUUUGUGGACUCGACGGGUUACAAACGCGAGUUGACUCAGAAGAUAUUGGAAGAGCACGGAUUCAACUACAUCGGGGAGGACAUAAUGUACACGGGGAUGGAAGGGUAUUCGUGUUGGGGGAUGGUGUACUAUCAGAAGUUGAAGCACAUGGUGGGGGACAAGAUCCACGCCCGGUCGACUGGGCCGGUGGUGAAUCUGACGAGACAGCCGACGGAGGGGAGGAAUAGGCAGGGAGGACUGCGGAUAGGGGAGAUGGAGAGGGACUGUCUCAUUGCAUAUGGGGCCAGUCAGCUUAUCCAUGAGCGGUUGGUUACGUCCAGUGAUAACUUUGUUGUGGAUAUUUGUGGCAAGUGUGGGGUGAUGGGCAUGCCCAAUUGGUAUUCCUUCUUUGUCACUGCGAGGUGUCAGAAUUGUCGGGAUGGGUCAGAAAUGGCUCGAGUACAGAUGCCUUAUGCCUUCAAAUUGCUAUGUCAGGAGAUGACGGCUAUGAAUAUUGUCCCUAAAUUCAUUCUAAAGGACGUGGUCUGA